CAAAACCUUAUUUUUGAAGCCAUGAAUGAAAAUUAUAGUUUCUCAACAAAAGAAGGUUUUAAAUCUUUAUUAAAGUGAUUUCGAAGACUUUUUUAUAUUCUUGCACUAUAUGAGUUGGCGUGAUAUCUUCACAUGGCACGGCCAUCCAUCCUCUACUCCAAACGCCAAGACACGUCAUAUGAUAUCGUAUAAACUUCGCAUAGUUCUCUACCAGGUUCUCUGCCAAGCUGUGAGCUGAACAUACUUUUGUCACCAACUUUCCCAGCAAAAAUUCACAGAAAAUUCUUCUCAAGGAGCAGAGUUGGAUGCGUGUGGUAACUAGAUAAUUUCUUUUUCAAAAUGGGAAGCACUUUAGAGCAGCCGUUUGGGGGAUCCACGGAUGAUUUCUAUGAAGGAGAUACGCACGUGAAAUACAAGCUUAGACAUUUUGGGAAGUUUAAGAUCCUUGCAGUCGUUGCUGGUGUCCUAGCUGUUCUUACUAUUGUAUUUAUUGUACUAUUCGCUGUGUCAAUGAGCCGAACAAAGGAGAAAGGAACCACGAGUGGAAGGCUUAUCUGUGACACUAAGAAUUGCCUUUUCACAGCUUAUGACAUGCUGCAACAGCUCAACCAAAGUGUCGAUCCAUGUGAAGAUUUCUAUCAGUAUGCCUGUGGUGGAUGGAUAAAGAGUAAUCCCUUAAGAAAAGGCGAAACCUCCAGAACAGGAUUCUCUACCGUGUCUGAGAAAAACUAUGCUGUUUUAAAGAAAGCUGUGGAAUCUUCAUGGAAAACUUAUAGUAAGAAUGAAGCAGUAAUGAAGACAGCACGGUUCUACAACAGCUGCAUCGACGCAGACGCAGUAGAAGCAACAGGAGACGCGCCGUUGAAAACUCUCAUCCGGGAGCUUGGUGGUUGGCACGUGAAUGGCAAUGUAUCCGAUGAAGACAUCCUCUUGAGAAUAGCGAAAAUCAACCAAGUUGUUCCGAAGAAGCCUUUGUUCAAUGUUAAAGUCAGAGUCAACCCUCAACGCUCAGACACUCACGUUGUUAUGUUUGAGAAAGCAUCAGUAGGGAUGUCUAAAGAUUACUACGUCAAAGACACUGCUAACAACCUAAAGGUUCGAGAAGCUUACCAACAAUACAUGAAGAGGGUUGCCUAUCUUAUUAGCGAUGAUAAAAACUCUACGAGGACUGACGCCCUGAUGAUGGAAGUCUACAAAUUUGAAGCUGCUUUAUCUAAGCUUGAGCAAUUAAACUAUGGUUCGUACUCGGCGGAGGAGCUCAUGCAACAGGCUGCGGCAUCCGGGAACCUGGAAAACGAUAUCACUAUAUCUAUUAAACAGCUCGCGAAUGCCUCAGGAAUCAAAGUCGCUGAAAUUGUUGGUUUUCUGACGCAAGUUUUUAGCUCACAAAAGUUCACUUUCGACGAGAAAUCCAGAAUCCUAGUUUAUCCACCAAAAUAUCUCCUAUAUCUGUACCAGCUUUACGUCAACCAAACCAUAAAGCUCUGGCAAUUAAGGAAGAUAUUGGAUAUCCUGAUUUCAUCAAAGAUCCUGUGAAACUGACCAAUGAGAUUAAAGAUCUGGAGGUUGGAAGUCAGCUAUUCCAAAAUGUCAGAAACACGAUGAAAUUCAUGGUCCAAACGAAUUUUGCUAAAUUAACGAAACCAGUUGACAAGGAUGAUCUUUCUUGCUGGAAUCUUGCAGCCUCCUUUUUACAAUCCACUUUACCCAAAGUAUCUUAACUACGGUGGUAUCGGUAUGGUCAUUGGUCACGAGAUAACCCAUGGCUUUGAUGGCACUGGGAGACUGUUCGAUAAAGAUGGGAAUUACAAGACCUGGUGGUCAGAUGAAUCCAACCAAAACUUUCUCCAAAGGGCAAGCUGCCUUGUUAAACAGUACGACAAAUUUUCACUUUUUGGCGUUAAGCUUAAUGGAAGUAAUACCUUAAAUGAAAAUAUCGCCGACAACGGAGGAAUCAAAAUUGCUUAUUCGGGAUACAAGUCCUGGGUGAAAGCCCACGGCAUGGAAGGCGUUCUUCCUGGCUUAGGAUUGACAGCAGACCAGCUUUUCUUUGUAGGAUUUGCAAGGCCUUGGUGUAGUAUAUACACCAAGAAGCCAGCACUCACACAGAUUGAGCAAGAUAGUCAUUCAAACUCUAAGUUCAGAGUCAUAGGCACAUUACAAAAUUAUCCAAAGUUUGCGGAAGCAUUCAAAUGUAAACCCAACUCUUACAUGAACCCAGAACAGAAAUGUUCAGUUUGGUGAGGCUGAUUGACAAGAUGUCAGCAUAGUGUUACCCUAUACUCCAGUCACAUUAAAGAAGCUGCGUUAGUUUGUAACUGUUAAAGGUUUUAUGUAGUAGUGUUUAAUAAGCGAGCAGAAGUAUUUUAUCAGGAUUUAAAAACACGAGGCAUAGCCGAGUGUUUUAGACCUGAUAAUACACGAUCUGCGAGUUUAUUAAAAGGCUUAAAAAACUCAUGAUGUAUGUUCUCAUAUUGUACAGAAUGCUUUAUGAAAUGAACCAAGUUUGAUAAAGAAAAUCCAAGUUAAAGUUUAUGCAAAUGAAGACGAAUCUAUUAAGAUAUAAAACCUCCUUCAUGGUCAUGACUUCUAUUGUGUUUUCCUCAUGAAUUAUUCAUGAGUUUUCUAAGUAUAAAGAUUGGUCGUUAGCUAACUUAAGGUAGUUAUAACGAUAAUUCAAUCUAGGGCAGUCAAUUCUGAUUUUCCAUAUUCUGAAAAAGCCAGACAUUCCAACCACUUGUUGUGAAAUUGUCUUUUACUGCCCCCAGUCAAGAACAUUAAAGGUAACAAAUAAUUAUUUUUGAUUGACAGUAGCGAAAAACCAAAUCACUGAGUUUGCAGAAUAUCAAAAACUGCAGUUUGAAAAUUUCUGUUUAAGUCAAGUAUACACAGUAAUACAUACAUCAGGAGUUCCGCGCUACUGCUCUAUGCGCAUGCUCAAGAGGUCAAAAAGUAAGACCUUGGGUUGUGAAAUUGGUCAUUAGCUAACUUAAGUGUGUUUUGACGGUGAUCCAAUCUAGGAUUACUUAUGAAAAUUCCUGUCUAAAUUGAAUAUGUGCUGAUAUUGUUGUCCUGCAACUAGCUUGCCUGUAUCUCUGGUUUUCACUCAUUCCCAGGGGAGUGAAAUAACAAGACACACCACCCAUCUUGGUUGAUAUCAUUCCCAAGGGAGUGAAAUAACAAAAGACACACCACCCAUCUUGGUUGAUAU